GGUAGUUUCGGGUCCCAUCCGAAUCACCGAUACAAGUGGUGUGAACGUGCCAAUUGUGAUGCGAGCGAUGGGUGUCCUUAAAGUUUGAACCAGACUUCGCCAUUCCGUACCCAGUCCACCCAACCCUACCAUAACUCUACCAUUCCUUAACUCCAAUCUCCAAUUCCCUAUCCGUAUAUCCGCGACAUAUACCAAAUUAUUAUGGACGGCCCCAUACGAAGCGCAUCCGCCCUCAAUGAUCGAAUCAACCGCCUAACCAAAUCCCUCGUCGAGCGUUUUGAGAACCUCGUCGCCCUCUCCGCUGUCGACGAAACCGAUUUCGGCGCAUCUGCGCUCGCAGGCCAUCAGAUCCGGGUGGAGUCCGCUGCGCUGGUCCGUGCGGGGGAGGAUAUCCUAACCUUGACACGGCAGAUGCAGGAACUCUGGCUGUUCGGCCAAUUGAACGUGCUGGAGCGGCAGCAGUCGCUGCCGUCGGCGCAAGAAAACGCGAGGGUGGUUGGGGAGUUGUUGGAGACGUUCGCGCGGAGUCAUUAUGAGCCGGCGGCGGCGAAGGUUGCGGAUGGAUGAGGAGAGGAGAGGAUAUUUGGUUUUUGAACUAGAUACUGGCUGGAUGGGAAUAUCUCCCGAUAUGCGAGGGGAAGCCCGAUGCAGAUACGCUUCAGGAAAGAGCGGGCGGAGGGGUACGGAUUGAACAAAGGGCGGAGCGGAGACGAGAAGUCAGC